GAACGCAGUACUAGCCUUUUAUAGUUUUUUUUUUCAACUAUUUUGUCUCUGUUUAUGCUACCUAUGAAUGCAGUUUUCUCGAACACACCUACUUUAUUUGCACAGCCCAGUUAACUUCCUUGUGAACAUAUGGCAACCUUAUCAUUUGGUAAACAUAAAUAUCCGCGCGAUAAAAUAAGAAGACUAGCGGAAAGUCAUUUGUAUCGUAAAGAACACUAGCAAACAAGGACUUCUCAGAAAACUCGUUGUAAUCACUGGUGGAAAAAUCCUUGUACUCUCCUGUCCUGGGAAAAACCAAAGCCAUGAAUAACAAAAGGCGCAAAACUGAUGUGCUGAUGAUUCCCUGUAGUUGGACAGGCUGCGAAUUGCAGUUCACAAAUGAUUGGGAAUUAAAUGGACACAUCGAAGCACAUUUGGAAACUUUAAAGCCGCAUAGUAAUGGUAAUUAUAAUUGCGUUUGGGGAGCUUGUUCGUUCUCGACGCGGUGUAUUACUGAGAUCCAGCGACAUAUUUACUACCAUGGAUAUUAUAAUGGUUUGCUGGUUCACGGAAAGAAUGAACUAGAGACAAAUCCGUCUAUACCCAGAUGUAAUGCAGUGCCUCGUGAGUGUGACAAAAUACCAGAUUUGCAUAGUGAUUUUCGUUGCGAAUGGGUUGACUGUAACCGUACAUUUAUAUCGAUAGUGGAAUUUCAAGAUCAUAUUGUGCAACAUGCCUCAUUCGAAUAUGAAAUACAGAAAUCGCCUGACGACGAGAGACCGAAAAUUCAGUGCAAUUGGAAUUUUUGCAAAAAACAAAUGGACAAUAAAUACCGUCUCAUAGAGCAUAUCCGUACCCACUCGAAUAAAAAGCAAGUGGCCUGUUACCAUUGUGGCGAACUAUUCCGAACAAAGACCACAUUAUUUGAUCAUCUACGAAGGCAGCCGGAGAACAACACUCAAAAAUAUCAGUGUGCCCAAUGUUCGAAAUAUUUUGCAACGGAAAAACUACUACGCUCUCACAUGAUUAAACAUGUUAAUUGUUACAAAUGUAGUAUGUGUGACAUGACCUGCUCCUCGGCAAGUGCCUUAGCUACCCAUAUUCGUUAUAGGCAUUUGAAAGACAAACCCUUUAAGUGUGUCGAAUGUGAAUAUAGGUGCGUAAGGGAAUCAGACUUGAACCAACAUGUCCAACUGGUGCAUAGCCAGGAGGUUCACAGGUGUGAAGAGUCAGGUUGUAAUUAUGCCGUAAAAACUUUCCAGGCUUUAAGAAAGCAUUUUCUGGAAGUUCAUAGAAAUACAACCUUUAUUUACCUCUGCCAUUGCUGUGAGAAACCUUUUAAAAGUGGCAAAAGCCUAUCAGUACAUCUAAUAAAGAAGCAUGACUUCCAACUACCAUCUGGACACCGACGCUUUACAUAUCGAAUUGAUGAGAAUGGAUUUUAUCGGCUGGAAACCACUCGCAUUGAAAGUUUAGAGGUCACCGAGCAAAUUUUAACUCCAACUACAUUCGAAAUAACAGAAAUUACAGAGGAUAGCAAUUCUUAUGAAAUAGUCUCGUUAACAAACAAACAAGACGCUGAACGAAUUAUAGUAUCUAAUGACAGAGGCGAAGCUCGACCCGCCGGUGAAGUGAUAAUAUCGUUGCCAAGUUUAGAUUAGAACUGGUAAGACACAAUUUCUUUGCAUAUUACAAAGAUAUUUCAAUUUUUAUAUAUUACCAAAUUAACAAUUAGAAUUUGUAAUCAUAUCGGUUUCGUCAAAUCAUAGAAAGAUAUUAUCAGAAUUUAAACUUAGCCAAAUCUUUGUAUCAAAAGAAUGUAAUAAACAAUUAAUUCUCUAGCAACAGAUAAGUAAUAUUUACUAGAAAUUAUAAUAUCUAUUUGGAUAUGUUUCUCUUAUUGUCAUAUAUAUUAUAAGUGUUAAUUCAAAAUAUCGUUAGAACUGAACUCAUUGUACGAUGCUAGAAAGUAUCUGCUGAGUUCACGCUAUGUACAAUUUGAUGCCAAUGAAGCAUAAAGGCCUUAAGCGCUAAGUAUACAAACAUGAAACUGAAAGAGUUGCUCUCUUACAGUUUUGCUCCUAUUAUUAAAAAAAUUAAACAAGCAAUGUUCAUAAAGCAUGCAUUUACAUUUCUGCCAAAAAUGUACCCUAAUAAGAAACUACUCUAUGUUAGCGUUAAUCUCUCUAUUAAUUUUUUUUUGUAGAAGCAGGUAAAAAAUCCGCAAUCAAAAGAACGUUUUCAAAAUUAACUUUAUGACUAAGAUUUAUUCUUUCUGUCCAUUCAUUAUACGAACACAGAUAAAAAUCGCAAACAAAUUUUGAAUUUUAAAUUGAAUUGAAAAUAUAAUCGUUUUCAAUUAAAA